AUGCGGGAAUAUGGAACGAAAGAUCCGUACCAUUAUGAUGUGCGAAAAAUUCGUGCGCCGACGUAUCUUUACUGGAGCAAAGAUGACAUCCUUGCCGACACCGAAGAUAUACGAGAGGCGAUAUUAGAAAAGAUGAAUGAAACGAUCCGGGGCAGUUACGAGUUACCGCAUUACUCGCAUUUGGACUUCAUCUAUGCACUGAACGCCACCAACGAUAUUUACCAGCCCAUUAUCCAUCGCAUUCGAAAGGAUUUUGACUCGCGAAGAAUGCUUGUCAAUAAUAGAAUUCAUAAAUAA